AUGAACACCCAUUUCACGGCGACUGCGGCCAUCCUUGAGGACCUUUUUGACGCCUCCUCCGAUAAAUUUAAUACCGAUCGCGCCUGGGAGGUAGUUAGUGCUCUCAACACAGAACAGAAGGUCGUCCCUACGACCGUCAAUUUUACAAACACUUUACUCCAAUUUGAGCCAGAAGGAAAAUCGGGCAAGCUACCGCCCUUUGUUGAGAUUGGAGUAAACGAAAUUCAACACUUUUAUCAGUUUGCUCGUUAUGACAAUUGUGUCGUUAUAGCUAUUCAUGGGAGGGAAAAGCCUCCGCACUACCAAGCCCUGGCAUUUGAAGACUCUCAGACUGCUAUCAACUUUUGUGAAUGCUUAAGAUUGGUGAUGCCUGGAAAUCAACUGCCGAAGCCUUUGCAAAAGCGGCCAGUUAAGACGCUUCCUGCGAAUAACAAGGUUUCAGACAAGAAAGAUCUGGGUUAUGAUGAACAGGUGGAACGGAGUGAACAGCUGUAUGCAGAGGCAGCCUGGUUUCUUGAAAACGGGUAUCCUGUGGCCAGUAGGAAGAUACAACCUAGACAUAUCUACAGCCAGCCGGAGACAGACGAAGCAACUUCGAAACUGGAAAAAAAAUCUGCCGCUCUUCUGAGUACUCGACAACUACAACCCAACUUCAUAGAUAGCGAGUCCCCUGAUUUCGCUACUAUGCUCAGAGCGAGACGGGAAAGAAGUAAAGCUAGGCGAGAACCAGUCCCCAGAAGUAUCUGCGCAUUGUGUGCAUCAGAGCUGCAGCCAGAACUUUGUGAACACUGUGCUCACAGGGUGUAUGUUGACAGACCUCAACGUCUGGUAAAAUCUCGCAGUAAGAGUAUGCAGCGUAGGGAAUUCAGUACUCGGAUGUUCCAACAAAGUUCCGAAAAUACAAAGGCAUUGCGAAUCCAGCAGCUUAAUGGUGUCGGCUCACAAAAUUAUCAGCGAAUGCAGGCCCAACGGGCAGCUCAAAGAUUCAAGUCGGCGAGAAAUGGCCAAAGUUAUUUGACUACCUCAGUGGAAGACGUCCCCCCAGCAACCUUCUCCACCCGCAGUCAGUCAGCACGGCGAGUUGGUGCCCAUCGAGCAUACAGUCGUGACGCAACAUUCAAUAGCAAGAGAGCUGAGCGACAGCAUCAAAUGGAGACUGGCUGCGUUGGCACUGAGGAUAUGACAUAUAGUGAUUGUACACGCAGCCGAAGUUAUCAACGUCACAGGUCACAAGAGAGGAGACGAAAGGACAAUGGACACGUGCUGUAUAUUUGGAAGGGGGAUAGACAGGAGCCCGUGUGGCGGUACUCGUCAGAGGAAAGCCUUACUGACAGCAGCAAUUCAAACGAGUUUCGACGCUACCAGAUACGACAAAGACCAAUGUGA